CACAGACAAAACAAUAGACGAGAAGUAGGCCUAUCUGUUAUGGACGUAGAGAAAAAAGGGAAACAGACGCUUUAGUCUUAUUUUAUGAACAUACCAUGUCUAAAUUACAGGGUUUAAACGUUUUUCUGACAGAGAGGUUAACUUUGGCUGCACAGGAAAUAUUGAAGGCGGUUGAAGACAUCUUUAGAGACUAUAAUGACGAGAUUUGUCGCUCCAGGCAGGAGAUACAGCUCCUGAAGAGAAAAUUGCACGAGGCUGGAGUUCAGUUUCAUUCUGAAACACAGCCUUGCUCCUCUGAGAUUCAAGGAAAGAAAUACACCCAGACGUUCUCAGAAGAGCAGUGGAGAUCUGAACAUUACGAGAAGGAUACAGAAAUGCAUAUGAAACUAGAGGUCUAUACACAGCAGGAGGAGAAUGGAGAGCAGAUGCGUGUGUUUAAUGAAACCACAUCUUUACUGCCAUGUAUGGAUGUUGACCAUAAUCAGACGGUCAGCAAAGGUGUUGCAACCCAAAUGAUGGAAAACUGUGAGAAUAAUUUUACCUUCAUUAACCAUGGUGCUCAGAUUAAGAAUGAACCUGACACUGAUCCUGAAAGUGAUACCACCUGUAAGGCACAGCGCAUCAUAAGAUACAGCUCGGAUGAUACAGAGGACAGUGAUGCAUCCAGCAACGACAUCAAAAUAAAAGUUAACCACAUUGGCUCCCCUGCACAUAACACACAACCAUAUGAUCUGCCCUUCAGAAAUCAAGAGAUGUUGGCACAACAUAGGAUGGAGCUGGCCCAAAUAAGUGAGAGAACGACUUUUCUGGUGAUAAGCAUGUGGUACAAAAUGUUACAAAAGUGUGCUGCUACAAGAGAGCUUGUAGACAGCACAAAUCCUUUGCUUGCCAUACAUGUAUUUGUCUGAACUCAAAACAUGACCAAAUAGAUCAGUGAUUACUGUUGUGCUGAAACGUGGACCUACAAGAGCCAUUUAAAUACUGAAAUAAUGCUCAAAUGUGUUGUAUUCUCUUGUAAGCUCUCCCUUAGUCCCCUACAAAUUUCCAUACAAAAAUAUGGCAUAGUUGGUCUUGUUUCAUGUUUGUGUUUCAGGCUGUUUUGUUUUAAGUUUUCAAGUUUCAAGUUUUAUCUUUCCCUUAUUUGAAACUCCCUUAUUUAUUUUGAAAUUUGCAAAAUUUCCAACUUGUCUGAACCACAAAGCAUUGGGGCAUAGUCUCCUAAAGAUGAGAAAAGCUGGUAGUUUUGUGUUAAGGUUACAGUGUCUUACAUUUAAAGGAGUAUUUCACCCCAAAAUUUUACAUUUGCUCAACAUUUACUCACCCUCUUUUUUUUUUUCCUUUUUUUUGCUGAACACAAAGAAGAUUUUUAGAAGAAUAUCUCGGCUCUGUAGGUCCAUACAAUGCAAGUGAAUGGGUACCAAAACUUUGAAGGUCCAAAAAGCACAUAAAGUCAGCAUAAAAGUAAUCUGUCUUCAGAAGCGAUAUAUGUGUGGGUGAAAAACAAAUCAAUAUUUAAGUCUUUUUUUUUUUUUGCUAGAAAUCUCCACAUUCACCUUCAGUUUCACAUUCUUGUGUUUUUGGCAAUUCGCAUUCUUAGUGCAUAUCACCACCUACUGGGCAGGGAGGAGAUAUUAUAGUAAAAAAGUACUUGAAUAUUGAUUUGUUUCUUAUCCACACCUAUCAUAUCACUUCUGAAGAUAUGGAUUUAUCCACUGUAGUUGUAUGGCUUACUUUUAUGCUGCCUUUAUGUGCUUUUUGGAGCUUCAGAAUUUUGGUCACCAUUUACUUGCAUUGCAGAAGAAAUAAAGUCAAACACAUCUGGGAUGGCGUGAGUGUGAGAAAAUUUUGAGAGAAGUUACAUUUUUGGGUGAACUAUUCCUUUAACAGCAUAGCCUCACACAGAGCUGUGUAAGUACAGUGCUAAAAAACAACAACUUUACAAUGAAAUCAGUAUCAUAAAAUAUGGAAGAAAAAAAAUAAAAAGAAUCAGACUUGAGUGGCAGGUAAAGGUUUAUAAAUACCUUAAUAAGUAGUAAUAAGUUAAUAAGUAAUUAACGCUUAUUUUGUUCAUCCUGGGUGAUUCUCACAGAGCAUAUCAAAACUUGUCCGAGUCACAUUUUACCCACAAAAUCAAAUGAGAGAGAGAGAAAACACUUAACCAUUGUGCCACUUCUGCACAUGGUAUUACAGCACAAAAAGCUGCAUCUUAUUCAUUAACCACCCACAAUCUAGUUCAAGAAAGCGCAAUGAGUGCUGAAAUAGUGCUGCGUCUUGAAUAUGUAAAUUAAGUCUUUACCACAAGACAUGACAUUUAUCAGGACUGGGCAGGUUCUGUCAACUUUGAUGGCUCUAGGGGGGAAAAUCGCACUACCUGACAACCUGCGGCAAACAAUAUCAGAAUUGAUCGCCCGGAAAAUUUCACAACCUUACACCACAUGACUGGAAGAUGAUGAGAUCAGCUUAACGAAUUUCUCCCCUUUUUAAAGCCAUUACUCUGCUGCAAACCUGGUGCUGUAAUUGCUGCAAAAUUCAGCUUACGUCAUUUAUCUUUGCUUGUUCACGCCAUGUCUGUAAUCACAGAAAAAAGAGUUAGCAACUAUGGCAUGUGUGUGGCGGCUUGAGAAGCUGUGGCCGUGUGUUAAUCGUUCGCUAAGUGUUUAUAGGCUUUCAGAUACAGUUACUGUGACAUAUUUACCAAUAUUCAUGAGUUCUGUGUAUUGUGUAAUAUUGCUGUAGUUUAUAAGUUUCCUAAGUGUGUGUAUGUGUGUUUGCGCCACAUUGUUCUCCUUUCUUUUGCCCUAGUCACAUAAAUUCAUAAGACACAUCACUUUCCAUUGCCAUUUUCGCAGAUAGUCUUUUUAAAACAUAUUGGACUUCUAAAAGCCAUUAUAGGUACAAAUUACAAGUUAGUUCUCCAUGAAUGCAUAUUUGUCUCAAAUUGUUUAUAAAUAUAUAUGAUUUGGAUUCAUAGCACAGUUUUUUACUACUAUACAUAUUAAUUUAAGCAUGUAACCAUUUCUCCAUUAUAACUUUACUGCCAAAGAAACGAUUAAAGAAACUGCUUAUUAUUGUAAUUGUUAUACUGCAUAUUUCGGCAUAUUAUUUCCAUGUAUAAUAAAGUACAUUUCAUCCACAUCAUUAUUGAAUCAUCUUUUUGUGUUUUUAGGUUACAGUUUUAUUAUUUGCAUACUAAUUUAAUAUUAUGGUUUACUUGCACUAUCCACUGAUGCUGUAGAUUGAAGGUCUCUGAAUAAUAUCAUCCAUAUUACGGAUUUCCUCUCUUAAAUGUGGGAUAUUUUACAGUAUGUGUAGUACAAUGUAAACAUUAAUGUCAGGUUGAUAAAACACUUGAAGAAUUACAUUAACACAUGUAAAUAAUAAUGUUGUUUGUUUUUAUUAAAGCAAGUAAUAUAAAUAUAAAAAUUUUUAAUCGAAUACCCAAAAAAUCGAUGGAAAGUUGCACUUCAUGAUCACAGGCAACCUCAAACCAUGAGGUAUAUCCAUGUGGAAUAGCAAUGCCAAAACACAACUGACAUAAAAACCUCUGCCAGUUUCUUGCAAUUUUAAGUUUUACCACAGAUGCCCAAAAGUUAUGUAGUGCAGCUUUAAAAAUAAAUAAAUAAAAUAAGUAUUGUAAUAUGCUCAAAAUUAUGAGAAUAUGAACAGUAGAACAUUUAUUAUGAUAGUUUUAUAUUAUUUCUAUUUACAUUUGUACUUUAAUUAUUAUCAAAUCAAGUUUAAAAAAAAAAAAAAAAAAAAAAAAAAAUGAUAUAUGCACUGUUUCCACCUGUGCGGUCACCUGCCGGAACGAGGUGGACCCUGCCUCUGCACACAUCAGAUAUGCUUUCGGGCAGUUUCACAGUGUUGCAGCCAAUCACUUUUCCGCUUGGGCCUCAUAUUGAAAAUGUCUUUAUCUGCUGAAAGCCAAAAAUAUGAGGGAGCAUAAAAACACUUUACAGUACAGGUCAAUGUAAUCAUAUCACAAAAUAAAUCUUUAACAAAAUUUUCUUGGUUCCCUAAAAAAAAAAAAAGAAAAGGAAGAAAAAAGAAAAACCCAUUUCAUCAGGUUUUGAACCAGAGACCUUUGGAAGUCAUUAGAGGUAGCUGUCCUUGAUAAUCUUUUAUCUGUAUUUUCAUUAUUUUAUCUUUUUUUUUUUUUGUUUUUUUGUAAAAGUAUUAUUUAUUUAUGCAUUUUGAUUACUUCCACUCAUUUUAGUAGUUUUACAUUCUCAAAAUAAAAAUGAUCUUAUUUUAUUUCUCACAUGUCAGGGGACACGGACGUAUGUAGAAUAAAAUUGUGCUAUUCUCACAUUUCAUACUGAAAUGUUAUAGGCUAUAGAAUAAGUGCUCAGUAUUAUUUGAAACUAUUUUUAGAGACAUACUGGACUGCAGCGUACAUGAGCAUUCUGUCGUUCUGAUUCUCAACUGUUGAGAAUGAAACCUGACUGCCCCAUAUUGACAGUGUCUCUCCUGUGCCGCCUGACAACGCGUGAUACCACAUGAAAUCAUACAACUCAUAUUUCCUUUUUUCACACAUUUUUAAAGGUCACAUCUGUAGGUAGGUGUGACAUCCCCUACCAAAAUCGAGUAGCUUCAAGUUGGGUAGUGGGAAGCCCAGCUGUUAAAAAAAAAAAAAAAAAAAAUCAGUAUACUUACUCUGUUAGUUUUUCGUUUCUAAGGUAAAAAUGUUCUUGUU